UUAAGUUUCUGUGGGUACUCUGCCUAUACAAAGAGUGGCCUAGAAGCACAGGAGGUGAAAAUGGUGGAGAUUGGGAAUGAUCGCUAUGCCUAUUCAACCUGUACAAAGCAAAAAUACAACAUCUCAUGUUUCUGGGAAACUCAGCCAUUAGGCUGUGUGAGGAUCAGUUGUGUCUUCCAUCAUAGCAAACCUCGUAAUAUAAAUGGACUUUUUUUGCCACCUAGUAGCAAUAUCACAUUGCAACAGUAUGCCCAAGAGGGGACUCUACAUCCAGCUUGUGAUCAAGAAUCACUCAAAAAUCAAGAGAAUAUUUUAAGACCUAUUCACCCUCCAUUGAUUAUAAAUGUUAACCACCAAGAGGAUGAGGACGAGGAUGAAGAGGAAGAGAAUUAUAUUUCUUAUUUGCUGGCCAAGACUGCUGCAGACAUUGAGGAGGAGAGAGCAAUAAAGGAAAUGUGCUAUAAGUCUGGAGAGUAUUAUGGGAUUCAGUCUCUUCAGGAGCACCAAUCAACAAAAACAGUGUCUUCAGCUCCAGAAGAUGAGCUACUGCCUUUGGGAGCUGUCAGGAGAGAUUUGCAGAAAGGUGAUGGUAAUACAAUUCCUACGACAUUUAAUAAAUCAAAAAGACAAGGAGUGAUUUCAGUAUCAUUAGAGGAUAAUACCAGAACUGAUCUUAGAACAUUUGAAAAUGGAGGAGGUGAUUGUUUUGUGGCACAGAGAAGCGUAUUUGGUGAAGGAAAAGGAAGUGAGUCACUAGCUGGGGAAAAAGAACCAAUUAUAUCAAAAUAUCCUAAUGUGAAAGCAACCAACUUCACUGAGCUGGUAAAGAAACAUCAAUUUAAAGGAGUAAAGAAAAAGAAAUGGACUUCUGAGGAAACAAGAAACUUGCCAAAUACAGUAACAGGCAAAGUAAUGCACACUUCAAAGCCCAAAAUUAAAGCAAAUUAUCAAAGAAAUGAUCAAGUUAAGGAUGAUGAGAGCGCUUCUUAUAUUCCUUCUGUAAGAGCAGCUGGAAGAAGGACUUACUUGAAUUCUUCAGAACCUGGAAGAUCAGCAUAUGUGUUUUACCGUAAUGUCACAGUCUUCCAAGAGCCAAAGCUCAAUGGCUCUAUGGACAAAAAUGCUUCAGGACCUUAUAAUACACCAACUUGGAGGAAAAGAAACCCACGUGCAAAAACAUUCUCUAAGCUGAAAUCCACCAUUCAGAGCCAAGAAGAAAUGGAAACAAAUAAAAGGGGAGAAAAAAUUGCAGAGAUCAGAAAGAAAUGA